AUGUCCGGUACCGCCGGCGGGCAUUGUGCCAUUCGUCGUCAUGGAAGUGUGAAGAUGCGGUGCAGCGAUCGGGGUGGGGCCUCCUGUCCUCGCGUCCCGUGUCUUCGGGGCGCUCUUUUUUCGGAAGCGCCUGAAUGGGAGAGUGAAGCGAGGAGAACCGCCGCCCGCGACACAACUCUUCCUCUCCAUGGAGAGCGGGACGGGCGAGGGGGGCGCGGCGAUCUGCCCGCAGGCGCACGCGCCGACGCCCGGCACUACCAACUUCCGCCAGCACCCGCCCGCACCGUGCGAAGCCGCCCGCCCGCCCCACCCCUCGAGGCGGAACACCGGCGAGAAGAAGAAGAACAGAAUUUUUUGGGGAGAAACGAGGGGCGAAGGAAGGAAGAAGGAACGGAGUGA